AUGAGUGAUCUGCCUCAGACCUUGGCCACAUCGAACGAAACAGAUUCCUCGAAUCUCACUGUGCUGCUCUCGGACCUCGACAUGCCGGAUCCGACCGACAGCAGUAAGCCCUCGAACGUCCUUCCCUUGCCAUUGUCCCAUACCUCGAGCAUGUCCAUGUCGGAAGCCGCCGCGCUCGAAGCUGGAUUCGAGACUCCACAAGAGGAUCUCAGCGACAUACUGUCUAGCAUUCCAGAUACUGAUCAGCUAAGUAGCACUGCCCAGAUGAGUGGCGAUUGUCAUCACUGCCAUCCUCAUCAUCGUCCCGAGGAGGACCAUCAAAGUGUAGAGGUCAAUGUGCAGGUCGACGAAGACGAUGAUGACGACAAUGAGGAAGAUGAGCAUGAUCAUCACCACGAGCGUCCUCAUCACGGAAUGGGCCACGAGUAUGGUCCCGAGGGUAAUGGAGACGAUGCGAAUGACGAGGAGCAUCCGCAUCAUCGCUUCGGGCCCGAGCAUGAACACCAGAAUCACGAGGAGGACUUCAAGCAUGACGAGCACUCUUACCACGACCUAGCCGACGAGGAUGACUACGAGGAUGAUUGGGAGCAUGGAGGGCAUCCUCAUCACGGUCAUGACCGCAAGCACGGCCACGACGAGGACAACGGAGAUGAGUAUGAUGGUUCAGACGAAGAUGAAGAUGAGUCUCCAUGGCACUUCACCAGCGAGCAUCGAGGUCACCAUGAUAAAGAAGAUAGAAAUCGUCACGAUCUUGGACCCUCGGGCCCGCACGAUGAGGACUAUGAUCUCCAUGAACACGAGAUGCAUGACUUUGCGUCAAGCAACAACGAGGACUGGCGUAAGCAUCACCACCAUGAGGAGGAUGGAUUGUAUGUACCUGGUGACGAUAUCGAUGGUGACUCGGAUCAUCAUCGCCACCACGGCGGUCACACCGACAUGGGAAGUCUUUCAGACGACGAUUUCGACAGCCCACACACCUUGAAAUCCUCCCAAUCAGACGAACUGUCUUCUUUGGAGGCGGAAUUGAUGAAAGCGGAAAUAGAUGCUGCUGGGACCACGAUCACUGUGGGAUCGCUGAGCAACACCUCAGAUGUCAACUUCACAGCAGGAUCUCCUCCAACCUUGGAAGUCAUUACGCUAGAUACUGAAUCCACCGUAACCAAUUCAGAUAUCGUUCUUGCUAUCUCGGACGGGAGCGACGACAACUCGACUUUGCCAGCGAACACAACGACGGUUUCGGCAAAUCCAACCACAUCUUUUGGCAUGCCAUCGACAACAGGCGGCGUCAUCCCAAGCUCAUCUGCCUCAUCGGCAUCACUUGAGACGAAGAUCAGCACAGGCUCAUCCAUACUGCCUACCUCAGCCUCGACUUCGUUUUCCAGUAUCUCCAUAUACCCGGCCAUGUCUAUCCCUACGCCUACCUCAGCCUCCUCAGCUUCGAUUGCUACAACAUCUACAUCCUCCUCAAUCCCGUCGUCGACCUCCACAACUGCUCCGCUGAAGACCUCAGUCUCCACCAUACUUUCGUCUCCAUCAACUUCUCCGACAGCGAAUGAGGCAGGCACAGUGACUAUCACAGCGACCGAGACCGGUGUACCGCAUUCCACAGCAGUCGGCCUGCCACCUUACAGGAGUAUCUUAGCAUCACAGGCUUCGGGCGCCAUGUCAGCUGCAGGCAACGCCGUGGCUGGGCUUGUGGACAAGGUGUCUCCUUCAAGCUCUGUUGCUGCUACGUCGACGACCACGGCUAAUAGUACGACUUCAACGCUUGGUGCUCGGAAUGCUUCUGCUAGUCCUACUUCGACUUCUGGGGCUAAGGGGUCCAUCAUGAGAGCUGGAGAUGCUGAACUGAGAAUGGUUGGGUUGGGAGCUGUAAUGGCACUACUUGGCUAA